AUGUCGAUCGGCCAACAACUAUUUUCUGUUGAGGAUCAAACUCUGGACAAAGAAAUGGAGAUGGUUAUGCAACGUCGUGCGAACUUCAAAUCUUUCUGGGAUAAGUAUUCAGAUAAGCCGGAUACCAAUUCUAUGAUGUUGAAUCAUUCGGCUGAAGAGUUGGAGUCCAGCGAUCGUGCCGAUAUUUUGGCUAGUUUGCCACUUCUCCACGACAAGGACGUUGUGGAUAUUGGAGCUGGAAUUGGACGCUUCACCACUGUUCUUGCCGAGACUGCUCGUUGGGUUCUCUCCACCGAUUUCAUUGACAGUUUCAUCAAGAAAAACCAACAACGAAAUGCUCAUCUUGGAAACAUCAACUAUCGUGUUGGAGAUGCUGUCGGACUCAAGAUGGACUCAACCAGUGUUGACUUGGUCUUCACCAACUGGCUCAUGAUGUAUCUCUCCGAUGAUGAGACCGUUGAGUUCAUCUUCAACUGCAUGAGAUGGCUUCGUCAAGAUGGAAUUGUACAUCUCCGUGAGAGUUGCUCCGAGCCAAGCACUGGAAGAUCGAAAGCAACUUCGAUGCACGAUGCUGCCAACGCAAAUCCGACCCAUUACAGAUUCUCGUCGCUUUACAUCAAUCUUCUCCGUGCCAUCCGCUACAGUGAUGCCGACAACAAGUUGUGGCGCUUCAAUGUCCAGUGGUCGUGCUCUGUGCCAACCUACAUCAAGAGAUCCAACAAUUGGCGUCAGGUUCACUGGCUUGCUGAGAAGGUUCCAGCCGAGGAGGGAGCCAAGGAGACUCCAGCCAAGGAAUUAGUCGACCUUCUCAAAAACACUUGGCAAAAGGAACAAGAAGCGUGGGAUGCCAAAUUAGACGGAGAGAAAUACGUCUGGACUGAGAAGGUCUUCGACGACGCUCUCACUUCCCUCCCAUCGAACUCCACCUUCUUCCUCUACACUCCACGUACCGUCUCACCAUUCUGCCACAUCAACGCGCACACUCUUGCCGAAACCUUCAAUGCCAACGUCUGGAACACUGAACUCGUUCCAGAAUACUACCGUACCUCUCUCACCAAAUCCAACAAUUUGAAGGACCAAAGAGUUCGUUUCGGAUGGAACGAGACUCUCGCCAGCUCUGUCAAUUACUGGCAAAACAAGGACGCUAAGUUCGACGUGUUCCUUUCGACUGAAUUAUUGAGCACUGCUGAUGACGAGACUAUUCGCAGAGCCACAGAAAUCAUGAAUGACGGAGCCAAAAUUUUCACUUUGGAGCCAGUCGACGUUGUCAACGUGGCUGAGACCAAGGAGCGUCUCCAGAAGUUGGGAUACAAUUUGGAAUCUUUCACUGACGUGACCAAGAAGGCCAUCGAUGCUCAGGAGCAAUACUUCAGAGACCAUGAGCAACUGGCCAAUGAGGAGGUUAUCCGCAAGAACUGGGUUCUUCUCGAGCUCUCCGUUGCUCAUUAA